AUGAUUACAAUCACAGUUCCGCAGAACUACGGCGCCGCCAUUGCCGUCGCUCUCGGCGCCAUCCCCGUGCUCAGUUUCAUCCAUGGCAACAUCGUGACUUCUCUGCGCAAGGAGGCCAAGGUCCCUUAUCCUCACACCUACGCGACGAUAGAACAGUGCAAAGAGAAUCCCAAGGCGGAGCAAUUCAACUGCGCUCAGCGCGCGCACGCCAAUUUCCUUGAGAAUGCGCCUCAGACGAUGCUCUUCACCCUCGUCGCGGGUCUGAAGUGGCCCAACGCCGCAGCGGCCGUCGGCACCGGCUGGCUGAUCUCCCGUGCCCUCUUCCUGUACGGAUACGUCUAUUCCGGCAAACCGCAGGGGAGCUCUGUGGGCGAUGACGGUGUUUGGCGUCGCCCGGGAGCUGAUCAACUACUGAUCCUCCAAUUGAACUUACUAGAUCUCGAUUUGAAGAACAAUCUGGGUGCGACCGGCCUUCUGACUCUACUAUCAGUUGUCCGCACCUCCGCCAAUUACCCCGCGACUGCCCCUCCGCCAGCAGAGAGCCAUGUCUUCCGCAUCACGGCAACCCUACGGCGUCCGCGCGCAGAAACAUCCCAAUGCCCUCUCGCAAUUGACCUUAACUUCUUCUCGAGAGAAGCAAUCGAUACUGAUUUUUCCUUUCCGUGCUGCGCAGGUCUUGGUCCCUACAUUGCCGUCAUCAAAACACAUAUCGACAUUCUGUCCGACUUCAGCGAGGAAACCAUCACCGGUCUGAAGAAGCUCGCCGAGAAGCACAAUUUCCUGAUAUUCGAGGAUCGGAAGUUCAUCGAUAUCGGUAACACGGUGCAGAAACAGUACCAUGGCGGGGCGCUGAGGAUAUCGGAGUGGGCUCACAUCAUCAAUUGCAGCGUUCUGCCGGGCGAGGGCAUCGUGGAGGCUCUGGCGCAAACUGUGUCGGCACCAGAUUUCCCAUACGGUCCGGACCGAGGCCUGCUCAUCCUGGCGGAGAUGACCUCCAAGGGCUCCCUGGCUACGGGAGAAUACACGAAAGCAUCGGUUGACUAUGCGAGGAAAUACAGGGGGUUCGUCAUGGGCUUCAUCUCGACGAGGGCGCUGACAGAGGUGCAGUCUGACGUGACCACUGCUGCGGAGGACGAGGAUUUUGUCGUCUUUACGACGGGCGUCAACCUGUCCUCCAAGGGAGACAAGCUGGGCCAGCAGUAUCAGACACCGCGGUCGGCGAUUGAACGGGGUGCGGAUUUCAUUAUCGCUGGUCGAGGAAUCUACGCUGCGCCUGACCCGGUCGAAGCUGCGAAGCGGUACCAGCAGGAGGGAUGGGAAGCCUAUCUUGCAAGAAUAGGCACGUCGCAGUAG